GUAGGAUUCUCCAAAACGUAUAUUCACAUAUUUACAGCGUCUGCGAGCGAGCGAGCGAUCAUCUUCUCUAUUACAAAGCUGACCUCUUUUUCCCCGAGAAUCAAAACAAAAAAACAAUAACAAUGGUGGUGGUUGAGCAGCACGACAAGAAGAAGUCGAAGAGGUUCGCUCUGUUUCUCGCCACGUGCGACUCAGAGUUCGUGAAGAAAGCUUACGGCGGCUACUUCAACGUCUUCGUCUCCAGUUUCGGCGACGAAGGCGAGCAAUGGGAUCUCUUCCGAGUCGUCGACGGCGAUUUCCCCGACGAGAAAGAUCUCGAUAGCUACGACGGUUUUAUCAUCAGCGGUAGCCCGCAUGACGCAUUCGCGGACGCUGAUUGGAUCGUUAAGCUUUGCUCGCUUUGUGAGAAGCUUGAUGAGAUGAAGAAGAAGGUUCUCGGCAUCUGUUUCGGCCACCAGAUAAUAACUAGAGUCAAAGGAGGGAAAAUAGGAAGGGCUAGUCAAGGCCCAGACAUGGGACUAAGAACCAUAACCAUAGCAAAGGACAAGGAGAAACUCGGCCUUUACUUUGGAGACGAGGUCCCUGCAUCUUUAGCCAUUGUAAAAUGCCAUCAAGACCAAGUGCUGGAACUUCCUGACUCUGCCACAGUCUUGGCCUCUUCCGAGGUAUGCCAAGUCGAGAUGUUCUCAAUUGGAGACCACUUCCUAUGCAUCCAAGGUCAUCCUGAGUAUAACAAAGAGAUUCUCUUUGAGAUUGUGGACCGUGUCCUCAACAUGAAGCUUAUGGAGCAAGAGUUUGCGGAUAAGGCUAAGAGUACCAUGGAGACUGCGCAGCCAGACAAGGAUCUAUGGCAGAAGCUCUGUAAAAACUUUCUGAAAGGUCAAAUCUGAGCAUGCAUAGUUUUGCUUUGCCAUCUCUUGAUGCAAACCUGCAAACUUCCUUCGUAUUUAUCUUUAACAAACAUUAAGAAAAACAUAAAAAAAAAAAUAAUCAGAAAUAAUCAUUUUAUAUUUGCCCCCACCUGUUUCUUAGUAUUACAAUCCAAAUCAAACUAAAAAAAUACAAAUUCAA